CACUCACAUUUCUUCCUUUGAAGAAACAUUAAAAGAGAUUAUUUUCAUUCUUUAACAUUAUCAGAUAGACCACCAAGAAAGCUUCUCUUCUUCUUAAUAGAAGCUAAUAGCUAGCCCUCCAUGGCUCAAACUAUGAUGCUAAUGUCAGGUCUCACUGGUCGUGUGGUUGAUUUUAAGAGAGAUCCUUUACUACAAUUGCAAAUCCAAAGACUUCGUUCCAAGCAAUUCUCUCAUCUCUUGCUCUCUUCAAUUAGUCCUUCUUCAUCUUCUUCCUCUUCUACUACUUCAACUACUAUUAUUGCUCUCUUCAAAUCAAAAACCAAGGCACCAGCCAAGAAGGACCCAAAGCCAAAGCCAAAGCCGAAGGUUGAAGAUGGUUUAUUUGGGACAUCAGGAGGCAUUGGUUUUACUAAAGAGAAUGAACUAUUUGUGGGUCGUGUCGCCAUGAUUGGCUUCGCCGCAUCUUUGCUGGGAGAAGGAAUUACUGGGAAGGGAAUUCUAGCACAGUUGAACCUAGAAACUGGAGUUCCUAUUUAUGAAGCGGAGCCACUUCUGCUCUUCUUCAUCCUCUUUACCCUCCUUGGAGCAAUUGGAGCAUUAGGUGAUCGAGGUAAAUUUGUUGAUGACCCUCCCACUGGACUUGAAAAGGCUGUGAUCCCACCAGGAAGAGGUCUCAGAUCAGCUUUAGGCCUUAAAGAAGAAGGUCCUCUAUUCGGAUUUACAAAGGCGAACGAGCUUUUCGUAGGAAGAUUAGCUCAGUUGGGAUUUGCUUUCUCUUUAAUUGGAGAGAUUAUAACAGGAAAGGGUGCUCUAGCACAGUUGAACAUUGAGACUGGAGUCCCUCUGAAUGAACUUGAACCACUGGUGUUGUUCAAUGUUGCCUUCUUCCUCUUUGCUGCAUUGAAUCCUGGUUCUGGUAAGUUUUUCUUAACAGAUGCAGAUGAAGAGUAGGGGAGAGAACAUUUUGGUUAAGUUUGUGAUCAUAAUGAUGAAGGGGAGAAAUCAAAUUGUGGUGUUUUUAAGAAAUACAUUUGUUUGUAGUCGUUGAAGUUAAAUACUUUCUAAGAUUUGAGUUCUUUCCUAUUUUCAAUUGCACUAGUCCCUUUAUUCAUGGGAUGUUUGGUA